ACAACCGCCGGGACGGCUUCGCCCUUCAUCUGCAGGCGGGUCACGCGCUAGAAAUGAUGCAGAUUUUGCUCUGGGUCCUGUGCAACGUCUACAGCAAGUGGCGCAGUCAGUUGCACUACGUCGUCGCUCAGCCGCUACACGUCGAUACCAAGACGCACAGAGACGAGGCGCAAAUAAUGUGCAAGUGUCUUCUAGCACCUCUCCACAAGGGAAUAAUGAGAAUACACACGACACGGGGAACGGAAAUACACCUGCUGGUCAAGAACAGCAGAAUCUUCCAUCUUCCAACACGCAUGGUAGAGGCCCUUCCGAACGUGCUGGUGCUCAUGCUCGUGCUUCCUCUUCCUCCUCGUCUCACCCUCAAGCGGAGAGUUCUUCAAAUUCUAUAUCCUCAAAUUCUUUAUCCGAUGCAUUCACAUCUCGCAUUUGGAUCUUUUUCUAUAGCUUUUUCCGCUUUGUCAUUCUCCUCUCCUUCAUGAUUCCAAUGACCCUAAGGGUCAAUCUGGAGAUGUUAAGGCUUGUUUCAUCCCUGAUUAUCUAUCCACUUUCAGAGGUAGGAGUCAUCCUAGAUUGGGCAACGAGCUUCAUUUUCAAGGGGAAAAUGGCCAAGGUCCUAGGGGAUGUGUCUCUUAAGAUGGAUGGGAGAUUUGCGCGAGCAGCUCUAACGGUGGCUAAAGUCUUCCAUAGUUACCAGAUCCAACUGGACCAGCAGAUUCCGGGUACUGUGGUUCGCAAUAGUCAGAGGCCAGAGGAGUUGGGUGUCAUAGACUUCGUCCUCUCGGAUAAGACAGGCACACUGACCAGAAACGAAAUGGUGUUUCAGCGGUUACGCUGUCCCAUGGGCGAGUUCAGUGCGUUGGAGGAUUUGGGGAGGAUCAGAGCGCAUGUGGCGAGUUAUGUUUUUGAGUACUGUACUGUUGGUUUUUGUUAGUAGAAAAAUGCAGUAGAAAAUGAACGUAUCCUAAGAUUUCGAGUUAGUAGAUGAAACUAACGACUCUCCUAUUCAGACCGAAAGUUCAGGAGGCUCUGUAUGACAUCGAAAUGAUCGGCCUCAAGUUGGCUUGACCUUUCUCUUUUCGGUUUUUGUGUUUGCUAGUUAUGCCUGCUCCACCAGUAAUAUUAACUCUCCUAAAUAACCAGCAUGCUCUAAGAGUAGUGCCUACUGCGCGAGCAGGUAGCGUCAGCAUCAUACCUGGAGCCGUCCCAGCAGGUGAGCUUCGCAGAUGAAUCAGCCCGUUCUACAAAAAUAGGUCUCCUGGAUAGAGCAGAUGCGACUGCCACCGACGAUGCCCUAAUGAAUUCUUCUGGUCGCGAAUUGGAAUUACAUUCGAGUGAGUCACGUGGUCAGUUGUUGGCGGACGACGAGGCGGAUGGCAGAGACCAAGACGUGGAACUAGCACAAUACCGCACCGAAGAGAGUGUCUAUGGCGCGAUCCUUUGUCUCGCACUUUGCCACAAUGUCACGCCCAUUUUUUCACAAGCUUCACAGCCAGAGCAGCCUGAUGUAGUUGGGGUGGUAAAUCAGGAAAAUCGAGAGCAGAAUGCCCCAGAUGAAGAAACAAGUAUAGCCGCGACCAACGUGCGAGCACCACGAGACAUUACCACUACCACUCGCACUCCACGACGUAAUAGCAGUCCUCUUUCUGACGCACCUUUACUCUCCGACAGCUUUUCUGAGAGUCGCCGGGCAAGGCGGACUACGACACAGCUUGCACAAGAAGAGGGUUUUUCUACUUUGAAGAGACCAAACGUUUCACCAAGCCCACGUGGAGGAGACAACGCGGCCAAAACGAGCAUAGUUAAGUCUACCGCUGAAGCAUCCUCAGUCCCAUCCUUGGCUCUUUUUCUACUUGAGAAAGGCGCCAAGGAUAUGACACUCAAGGAAGAUGCAAGCGCGGCAGCUCUAACAUAGACACAAGUGAGAAAAGUAAAGGUUCACCCAGUGAAUGUUCCCAAGUAGCAGCUUUUAACAGUCCAGGAGCGAUCGAAGGAUCAUCUCCCACGUCGUCCUCUUCUGCCACUACGCAGAGUGACACGUGGGAUCUGCAAGGUGCAUCGCCUGAUGAAAUCGCACUCGUAAAAUUUGCAGAUGCUGCGGGUCUGCGACUCACCGUCCGUACCGACCACAAACUUGAGAUUGCCGCAGACCUUGGCAAGGUGCUGGGGAAGAAAGCGUUACCUGGCGUACCUGGAGGUGGUGGAAGCACAGACGUGAAAGUGGAGUACGAUAUUUUAGAGUGUUUUCCUUUUACAUCGGAGACAAAACGAAUGGGCAUUUUGGUGCAGAAAACGUUCCCACCAAACAGUCCGAUACAUUUCUAUCUGAAGUUAUGGCAUUUCUAGCUGGUACCAGGAAUUUCCAACAUGAAUUGGUAAAGACAUUGUUCUUAGAUGUUGAACUGCAAACAGUCUUAGGUAUCAUUAAAACAUAACUGACCCAUAUUGGUCUGUAAUUUCUAGUCCUCCUUCAGCACCUUCUAAUCAUCGGCGCCGACAGUGUGAUGAGUGACUUCCUCAAAAAGCGGUCUGCCAAAUGGCUGUCCGAGGAGGUAGAGAAUUACGCUCGAACCGGACUACGAACUCUAGUAUUGGCGAAAAAAUCGCUUAGUAUGCAGGAAUACUUAGAGUGGAAGCGGAAAUACAACUUAGCCAAGAGCGCAAUGCGAUCGAGGGAAGAGAAGAUCAGACGAGCAAUCGAUCUGCUGGAUUAUGGCUAUAGUGGCUCUAUCUGCAUGCCUUCUUGGUAAAACUUUCCCUUCCAGUUCGACGAAGACAGAGAUAAGUCCGGUUCGACUCACUUAUAAGUACCAUAUGAUGAAGUACUCCUAGGCAGCACACUCAUUCAUCACUCUUUCAUACUUCUACUUCCAGGAUUUGAGCACGUGGGUAUCUGCGUUCUUGAUACGCAUACCCUAUCCUCGUCUAAUCGGCGCGUGACCUAGAGCUUGUUGCUCUUACUGGUGUCGAGGACAUGCUGACGGAUGAGGUUCAGGAAACUUUAGAGGCGAUUCGUCAUGCUGGGAUCAAAGUGUGGAUGCUUACAGGGGACAAGGUGGAGACCGCAAUUUGCAUCUCCAUUUCUACAAAUUUGAAGGCGAGGCACCAGAAUCUCUUCGUUUUGCCAGGAGAACUAGCUGAGUCUCGGCAAGUGAUGCUGAAGCUAGCUCAGUACGCCGAGAUGCGGAUGAGCAAUACCGUACUUGUGAUCGACGGCAAGUGCUUGACAGUGUUGCUGAGGCAGGAAAAUAUCCAGACGUUUAUCAAAAUUGCGAGUCAAGCGCCAUCUUUGGUGUGUUGUCGCUGCUCCCCGACGCAGAAAGCGGCGGUUGUGAGUGCGAUAGAGACCUACGCACCACGAGGGACAAGGACACUAGCCAUCGGAGAUGGAGGAAACGAUGUGUCGAUGAUACAAGCUUACGGAUGAUCUGGUUGUGUUUCAUUAUAUAUAUGGAGUUGUGAGCGAAUUGAUUCUCCUUUUUAUACUUUUUUAUCCUUUUUUUCCUUCGUAGUUGACACUUGACACACUGAUAUAACUACGUGUGAGUGCUGGAGUCGUAGUAUUCAGUUCCAAACGGGGGGACGUUGACGCUCCUUCAUGACGAUGAAUACCAAUACUUCUUGAAUCCAUCGAUGAAAUACUUCUCACGAAAAAAGUACUCUCAAGUGAGUACUCUCUGCGCUGCACUCUCUACUCUCGCUUCUGCCUCUAACAACAAGCAAACGUGGGCGUAGGGAUUCGUGGUAAAGAGGGGCAGCAGGCGUCUUUGGCUGCAGACUACUCAGUGGAAAAUUUUCGAGUUUUGCGAAGACUGUUGCUUCUCCACGGACGCAACUCAUUUCAGAGGUCAGUGCGCUUAUCGAUCCUGAUCAUCCACCGUGGUUUGGUUUUCAGCUUCUUGCUUAUGCUGGGUGUCUUUUUGGUUCAUGACCACUUUCUCAGUACUUACUCAGAAAAAGGGAAGAGUUGUUGUUGUACUCAGUUGAAAUCUACAAAAUUGGUUUUGAUAAAGUCAGUAAUGAAAAGAAAAACAAAUUCUUCUGGAUUUAUUAAGUAGAAGGUUUUAAAUAAGACUGGUAAUGAUGAUCAACAACACCUGCAUGCCGCUCUAAUCCCAAAGCUCUUUUUUCGGCGAUGUUCUAUUUUGUCUCCGUCCCGCUCUUUCAAGGGAUUCUGUAUGUUGGCUACGCGUCAAUAUACACCAUGUUCUUGCUGUUUAGCGUUGUCUUUGAUACGGAACUGCCAG